UUGUUUUCGGUAAUAUAUCAAAGAUGUCUACGUCGUGUACGUUCUUAACUUUUCAAAACUAGACAGCCCUCCAAAGGCAAGAAACAUGGUCAAAACAAGAGAUAAAACAAACAGACACACAUAGAACUCAAAAGUGUGGUCUCUUUCUCAUCUAUCUAAAGCUUUUCUCUUUUUCUUUUCUAGUUUCCAUUUCAGUUCUGCUUUUUUUUUUUUUUAUGGAUCAUGAUAUAGAGAAGAGAUUCACAGUAAUGAUUGAUCACAGACGGCUAAACCAAUCUGCAUCAUCACCACUUUUCACUGUGUUUUCGAUCAGUUUUAUAACUCUGAUCUUGGUCACAACGUUGGUUCGAAUAUCUAAUUUCUCGAUGCAACUGCGGAGUAAUGAUUACUCAGAGGUGAAGAUAGAGAUCAAAAGAGUGAUUCCACAGUUACCUCUUAGCUCUGAGAAGGAUGGUGAAAGGAAAAAUCCGAUCAAGCAACAAUAUACACAACAAAUGAUGCAAUCUCCUAAUCUGAAAACCAAAGAGAAACUCCAAGUUAUUGAGACUUUUAGUGGAGAUAACUUGUCAGAGAAGUUUCAAAAGAGGGUUAUUGAGUUUGUCGGUGAUGGAUGUGAAGUCAACUUCGUCAUGACAUGGAUAUCAUCAGCAGAGUUCUUCGGCAAAAGAGAGGUAUUAGCUAUUGAAAGUGUCUUUAAGUCUCAUCCUCGUGGUUGCUUAAUGAUCCUAUCCGCAACCUUGGAUUCUCCUCAAGGUUAUACAAUCUUGAAACCGUUUCUUGAUCGUGGUUACAAAGUUCUUGCAGUCACACCGGAUUUGUCUUUUCUACUAAAAGGAACCGCCGGAGAAUCAUGGCUCGAGGAAAUAAAGACAGGUAAAAGAGACCCCGGGAAGAUACCUUUAGGUCAGAAUCUCUCAAACCUCAUGAGGCUUGCUUACUUGUACAAAUAUGGAGGUGUUUACUUAGACACAGACAUGAUUGUUCUAAAAAGCUUCAAAGGUCUUAGAAACGUGAUUGGAGCACAAACUCUUGAUCCUUCGUCGACAAAUUGGACAAGACUGAACAACGCGGUACUAAUAUUCGACAAGAACCAUCCUCUGUUACUCAAAUUCAUCGAAGAAUUCGCUAACACUUUCAACGGAAACAUAUGGGGAUACAAUGGACCGUACCUUGUUUCUCGAGUGGCUAGAGCCGUGGAAGGGUCUAGUGGCUAUAACUUCACCGUCAUGCGACCUUCAGCGUUCUAUUCGGUAAACUGGCUCGAGAUUAAGAAGUUGUUCAGAGUGCCUAAAACAGAGAAAGAUUCGAGAUGGGUCAAAGUCAAGCUUCUUCAUAUGCAGAGGAGUGGCUAUGGUUUGCAUCUGUGGAAUAAGUUUAGCAAGAAGUAUGAAAUUGAACAAGGAAGUGCCAUGUGGAAACUAGUUUCAGAGCACUGCAUCAUCUGUGACACUGGUUCUGUAUCAUAGUCUAUUGUUUCAAUUUGUUCCAUUAAAUCACACACACACACACUGUUGAUAACUUCUUUGUAAAUAAAGAACUAUUUAAAGCCC